AUGGCAUCCACCGAAACCGUUGCUGGCAGCGUUGCUGUCGCCGUUACUGCACUUCCAACGGUGGGCCUGGGUCUACUACAUGCAAUCGGAUUUGGCACCGGUGGCAUCGCUGCAGGAUCGAUCGCAGCUGGCAUGAUGUCCUCAGCGGCAAUUGCCAAUGGCGGAGGCGUUGCUGCGGGUUGCCUCGUCGCCACUUUCCAGUCGGUUGGUACAAUGUCAGCGGUCGCUGUAGCAGGCCCUGCCGCAGCAGUCGGUGGUGCCGUUGGCGCUUCGAUUUCACCUUCAAUGCCAUCACCCGAAGCCGCUGCAGCAGGCGUUGCUGGCGGCGUUGCUGGCGCGAUUUCUUCAAUUCCAAUGCUAUUAAAUGCGAUCGGAUUUACCGCAGAUGGCAUCACUGCAGGAUCGACCGCAGCCAGCAUGAUGUCCUCAGCGGCAACCGCAAAUGGAGGAAACAUUGCUGCAGGUAGCCUCGUCGCCGUUCUCCAGUCGGUUGGUACAAUGUCAGCAGCCGCUGUAGCAGGCCCUGCUGUAGUAGCCAGUGGUAUCGCUGGCGCUCUGGUGCUGGCGGCGAGCUACGUCUGGCGGCGAGGCGAUGCUGACACAGCCGCGGCCUCUCCAGCUCGUUCCGCAGAGGCGGAGGAGGUCGAGGCGGAAGAGGAGGUCGAGGCCUCUGUCCCGUCUUAGCCUGUCAAUCCUUAGCUCCGGCCGAGACUCAAGCAAGGCGAUAUUGUUGGCUGAAGUACUCCAAACGAAGUGCUUUUGUUUAUAUUUGUUUUUCUUGUCUUUUUUGAUUUUGUCGAUCUGUAGCUUUUCAGCUUCUUCCGUGUCCACCUUGUUAUCCAACCAACCUGCAAUCAAUCCAAUCCAAGCGUG